CACACUCUCUCUCUCUCCACCAAACAAAUACAACCAUCCAUCCAUCCUCCAUUAUUAAUUUUCCCAUUUGUCCUUAUCCUCUUCUCUCUUGUUCUCUCAUUCUCUGCAUCACUUCUUCCUUUCACUUCCAUUUGUCUCUUCCUCCACAGGCCUCCCACUUCCCCUUCUUUCUCCCUUAGAUCCAUCUUCCACUACACACCAUCACGCAGGUUUUAGGGCUCAAAUCUUUUUACCUGUUGUUCUUUGAAGUUGUUGAACUAGCAAAAAGUAUAAUUAAGCAAUUUUAAAAAAUAUAUAUCUAUUUUGAUCACCGCUUUCUGAGUUGUUGAUGGCAUCAGCGGGUGUAGCACCUGCUUCUGGAGCAAAAGAUAUGAACGGAAGUUCAGUUGCUGUUGAAAGAUUACCUGAUGAGAUGAAUGACAUGAAGAUCAGGGAUGACAGGGAAAUGGAAACUGCUGUGGUAGAUGGAAAUGGCACUGAAACGGGACACAUAAUUGUCACUACCAUUGGUGGUAAAAAUGGUCAGCCCAAGCAGACAAUAAGCUAUAUGGCUGAGCGUGUUGUUGGACAUGGGUCUUUUGGUGUGGUUUUCCAGGCGAAGUGCUUGGAGACUGGUGAAACUGUGGCUAUAAAGAAGGUUCUUCAGGACAAGAGAUACAAGAACCGGGAAUUGCAAACAAUGCGCCUUCUUGACCACCCUAAUGUCGUCUCUUUGAAGCAUUGCUUCUUCUCAACGACUGAGAAAGAUGAGCUUUAUCUUAACUUGGUACUGGAGUAUGUUCCCGAGACUGUCAAUAGGGUGAUCAGACACUACAACAAAAUGAAUCAAAGGAUGCCAUUGAUAUAUGUCAAACUAUAUUCUUAUCAGAUAUUUAGAGCACUUGCUUAUCUUCACAACAGCAUUGGAGUAUGUCACAGGGACAUAAAACCUCAAAAUUUACUGGUCAAUCCUCACACCCACCAGCUGAAGAUAUGUGACUUUGGAAGUGCUAAAAUUUUGGUAAAAGGUGAACCAAACAUAUCUUACAUCUGUUCUAGGUACUACAGAGCUCCCGAGCUCAUAUUUGGGGCAACUGAAUACACCACUGCCAUUGACAUCUGGUCAGGUGGUUGUGUACUUGGCGAACUAUUACUUGGCCAGCCUCUCUUUCCUGGUGAGAGUGGAGUAGACCAACUUGUGGAAAUUAUCAAGGUUUUAGGUACGCCAACAAGGGAAGAAAUCAAGUGUAUGAAUCCUAAUUACACAGAAUUUAAAUUCCCUCAAAUCAAAGCUCAUCCAUGGCACAAGAUCUUUCACAAGCGGAUGCCGCCUGAAGCUGUGGAUCUUGUUGCAAGACUACUGCAGUACUCUCCAAAUCUUCGAAGCACAGCUUUGGAGGCUCUUGUCCAUCCAUUCUUUGAUGAACUGCGCGAUCCGAAUACCCGCUUACCAAAUGGACGCUUUCUUCCUCCAUUGUUUAACUUCAAACCAAGUGAGCUGAAGGGAGUGCCUGUGGAGAUGCUGGUGAAGCUGAUUCCUCCUCAUGCAAGAAAGCAGUGUGCCUCCUUUAGUUCAUAGUGCAGUUUUAUGUGUAGUUAAUGGUAUAUCGCCCUCUUCCUUCCUGAAGUGUAUCUAAGUCUGUUUCAGGUGGUUAUUAUAUGUUUUCUUUCUGUUAAUUUUUAGCCCCCUCCUCCUCAACCCUCCGGACCAGAAACCCCUCCACAUUCCAAAUUUGUUAUUUUUGUCCCUGCCUGUAGAAAGCUGUUGUAGAAGAGAUUCAGCUUGAUUCCUUUGUAGGAUUUGAUGGGUUCUUUUACCAAAAAGUUUUAACAGAUUGUAUUAGUAACUAAUACCAUUAUUUAAUGAAGUGAUAUAUACUUGAUCACUACUAAA